GGAAGAGGUUGGAGAAGGUGGGAAUCUGUACACUUCAGCCACCAUGUCUGGGAUUGGCAAUAAACGGACAGCUGGAGAGCCUGGCCCUUCUGCACGUCCAGAGAAGAAGGCAGGGGUUGAAGAUUCGGGCACCACUGUGGAGACCAUUAAACUUGGUGGUGUUUCUUCAGUGGAGGAGCUGGACAUCCGGGCCCUGCAGACCAAGAACCGGAAGCUGGCGGAGAUGCUCGACCAGCGCCAGGCCAUCGAAGAUGAGCUGCGGGAACACAUUGAGAAGCUGGAGCGUCGGCAGGCCACCGACGAUGCCUCUCUGCUGAUCAUCAACCGCUACUGGAAUCAGUUUGAUGAAAAUAUCCACAUCAUCCUUAAACACUUUGACCUGGACCAAGGUCUUGGAGACAUUUUGUCUGAAAGAAAAGCACUGGUGGUGCCAGAACCUGAACCAGACUCUGACAGUAAUCAGGAGCGCAAAGAUGAGAGGGAACGAGGGGAAGGACUGGAGCCAGCAUUCUCCUUCCUGGCCACUCUAGCCAGCAGUACCAGUGAGGAGAUAGAAUCUCAGCUGCAGGAGCGUGUGGAGUCCUCCCGCCGUGCUGUUGCCCAGAUUGUGACAAUGUAUGACAAGCUACAGGAGAAGGUGGAUGUGGUGUCUCACAAGCUGAACAGUGGAGAUAUUAAGGUCUAGUCCUUCUCAUGUGCAUUUAUUUUCCAAAAUGAAUUUGUUUGGCUGAAUACCUACCUGUCACACGAGAAUGGACGGCUGCAGGAACUGGCUGAUGUUCUUCAGGAGAAGCACAGAGUCAUGUCUCAGGAGUUCUCCAAGCUGCAAGAGAGGGUGGAGACAGCGGAAUCCCGGGUGUCUGUCCUGGAGACCAUGAUUGAUGACCUUCAGUGGGACAUUGACAAGAUCCGCAAGAGAGAGCAGAGGCUCAACCGCCACCUGGCCGACGUCCUGGAGCGAGUAAAUUAAAAUCCAAAAAAGCCUUUGAAUUAGUUGUUAGCACUCUCAGGAGACACAUUAACAGUAGGAUUUACAAGCAGUUUAUCCCAACAGUUUGAGGAGAUGAAUGCAGAGCUGGAAGAGAAUAAAGAGCUUGCUGGAAAUCGCCUUAAUGAAUUGGAGGAACUACGUCAGGAUCUUGAGGAAGUAACAACACAGAAUGAAAAGCUCAAGGUGGAGUUGCGACAGGCAGUGGAAGAGACUGUGAAGGAGACCCCGGAAUAUCGCUGCAUGCAGUCCCAGUUUUCUGUUUUGUAUAACGAGAGUCUCCAGCUGAAGGCACACCUUGACGAGGCCCGCACGCUGCUCCACGGCACCCGUGCCACACACCAGCGCCAGGUGGAGCUGAUUGAGAGGGAUGAGGUCAGCCUUCACAAGAAGCUGCGUACUGAGGUGAUUCAGCUGGAGGACACCCUGGCACAAGUUCGCAAAGAAUAUGAGAUGUUGAGGAUAGAGUUUGAAGAGACACUUGCUGCCAAUGAGCAAGCAGGCCCCAUUAAUCGGGAGAUGCGUCACCUCAUCAGCAGCCUCCAGAAUCACAACCACCAGCUGAAGGGAGAGGUGCUGAGAUACAAGCGCAAACUGAGAGAGGCCCAGUCUGACCUGAGCAAGAUCCGCUCUUGUAGUGGCAGUGAUCUCCUCCAGUCCCAGUCCAGCACUGAAGACACAAAGGAAGAACCUGCAGAGAUCAAGCAGGAGCCUGAUGAUCCUUAUGCCCAAGUGACUGUUCCCAAGGCUGCUUCUGAAGAUGUUAAUGAGAUGAAGGCCAGGUGAGAUGAAGAGGAACGAGAGCGGGAAAAGCAGAAACAGAAGGAAUCAGAGAAGGAGAGAGAGUCCAAAGAGAAGGAGAAAGAGAAACAUGAAGAUGGAAGAAAGAAGGAGGCUGAAGUGAUCAAGCAGUUGAAGUCUGAGCUCAAGUAAGAGUUGUUGUUUCUCCCUUUCCUGUGGGAGCAGUGCCCAAGCCUGGUGUGUUCACGUGUUCUUGC